AUGGCAGGUUCAAAGAAAGGAAGGAACAACAACAAGAAGAGAGGAGAGAAGCCAAAACCUACGGAAUCAAACUCCGAACUUUCAUCUCAUCAACUGUCCAAAUCCACAGUUCAAAAUGUUGUACCUGCUGCACCUGUUGAUGAAGAAAUCAAAGCUCUAUACGAGGAAGUCUACGACAAGAUAGAACUGGCAUAUGAUGGAGCCUUUGACAUCCUGCUGGGAUUAGGUUACAGUUCCCCGUCGGCAAAGUUAGCGCUGUUAUGUGGUGGUAACAUAGCCCGCGAAAAAGGAUUAAACAUGGCGGAGAACAUCCUCAAGAACUCGAUCAACUUCAUCGACAAUUACCCCCUGGUGAAUGGCCGACAUGCCGUUGAUGUGCUCCCAUGUUUCCAAACUAUACGUGACCUAAUAACGUGUAUGGUUCAGACACUGGUUAACUUUGCAGCUGGUUUGUAUCCUAACGCCACCCGGCGCGAGUUAUUGCAACAUGUUUUAGAUUGCAAAUUCGUCGAUGUUGAAGGGAUUGUUAAGGGUGCUGGAAAUUUAGAUGAUGACGAAACUGAAUUGGAUGAAUUCCUGAAACAUAAUAUCCUUGUGCUUCAAUCUGUUAGUCUUACUUGGGACCCAGAGAUUCAAGGUAAGAAGAUUAAUAAUAAUCCUUCUGGAUCGAAUGACAAAGGAAAAAAUGUGAAGCUUAUGAGUGAAAAAAGCCUUGAUGCUAAAACUGAAGACCUGGCAAUGAGAUUGGAAAUGAAGGUGAAGGAGCUUGAGGCGCAGGUGGAAAAGAGGAAGAAUAGGCCAGAGUUGUUUAAGGAGGUGUUGAAAACACAAAAGAUAGAAAUUGCAAGUGCUCACUUAACCAACAUGUUGAAGAUGGAAUUGGAAUCAAGGAAAAUGAAUGAUGAGCUUGAAUUUCUGGAAAGGAGAACAAGUGAUCUUCAGGUUGAAAAUUCAAAGCUUCGGGCUGAGAUUUCGGCGUGUAAAGUUAAUGGCGCUGAAUUGGAGAAGAAAUUGAAGAACGCAAUGAAAGAGGAGAAGGGAACGACUAAGAAAAUUGAAGUUCUUGAAGGAAUGAAUGCUAGUGUCCAUAGCAAAAUUGGUGAGACAAUACAAAUGACCCUCCAGCUUGGUAAGCAGUUGCACGUCAUUAAAGAAGCUAGUAAUGAACUUGAGGUGAGAGUGGAACAAGCAUUGGAGAAACAAGAGAAAGCGAAUGAUCAGCGCAAAGAAGAAAAAAGAUCACUAAGAAUUGCAAAAGAGACUAGGGAAACAAUGGUAACAACUUUGCAGCAAGAAAUUGAGGUUGAAAGAAAAAAAGUGGAGCAUCAAUGGAAAACUUUCUAUCACGAAUCUAGUAUGCUGGAGGACACUUACGGUUUCCAAGAUGGGUCUUCUUCUUCUUCUUCUUCUUCUCAGGACCGAUUAAAGACGUUCCUAGACAACAUCUGGGACAAUGAUUGUGACAUUCCAAUUCGCCCGCGAUGUAUAAUGUGCUUGAACAGGGUAGCCCGAAUUCUUUUUAUUCCUUGUGGUCAUCAAAUCAUUUGUAUUAAAUGUCGCGAAAGAAUUGCAGAUGAAUGCCCUUGCUGCAAGGAGCAUAUUCAAGAAAAGGUUAGGGUUUUUGGAGCCACUUAA